CAAUGAAAGUCAAAAACAUGGUGUCUCUUUCUGCCUAUCUCCACCAAUAUCCGCGCGUGACGCAAGGGGAGUAUACUUAAAUCAGGAUUAGCUCUCCACCAACAUUAAACUCAGCUGCCCUCCAUUCAAGCACCGCGCGACAUACCGUCCCGCGCGCACGGUCGAAAAUAGGAGGGCUUUCUACUAAUCAGCACUCAGGCUCGCGCAAGCAAAAGUGUUUGGGUUGUCGAGUGAGCUUUUAGAGGCGCAGAAGGUAGAAGGCAUGAGCGAACGCAGAAGCGGUGGGUUACCAAUGCAUUCUCCAGAUACUGGAUCAUCCGGAGUAAAACACGGGAAACAAUAGAUUCCACAGGAAUUUUGCACAGUGCACGGUGUGCUAUCGUCUCCGAAUGAAUGACCAUGGGGGAGUGGACAAUAUUAGAGCGUCUCUUGGAGGCGGCUGUCCAACAGCACUCUACUAUGAUCGGAAGGAUCCUCCUAACUGUGGUGGUGAUCUUCCGGAUUCUAAUCGUUGCGAUCGUUGGAGAGACGGUCUAUGAUGACGAGCAGUCCAUGUUUGUGUGCAACACCCUGCAGCCCGGCUGUAACCAGGCCUGCUACGACAAGGCGUUCCCCAUUUCCCACAUCAGAUAUUGGGUGUUUCAGAUUAUUCUGGUGUGCACCCCCAGUCUCUGUUUCAUCACCUACUCCGUGCACCAGUCCGCCAAGCAGAAGGAGCGUUUGGAGCGGGGGUACUCCACCGUGUUCCUCUCCUUGGACAAGCGCCAUGAUUCCAUCAAAAGAGACGACAGCAAAAAGAUCAAAAACACCAUUGUAAAUGGAGUACUUCAGAACACGGAGAACUCCACCAAAGAAGCCGAGCCCGACUGCUUGGAGGUGAAGGACAUCCCAAAUUUGGCCAUGAGAACUAGUGGAAAGUCUAAAAUGAGGAGGCAGGAGGGAAUCUCAAGAUUCUACAUCAUCCAAGUGGUUUUCCGAAACGCUCUAGAGAUAGGGUUCCUGGUGGGUCAAUAUUUCCUGUAUGGAUUCAAUGUCCCCGCGGUAUAUGAAUGUGAUCGAUACCCCUGCAUCAAAGAUGUAGAAUGCUACGUUUCCAGGCCCACGGAAAAGACAGUGUUUCUGGUCUUCAUGUUUGCGGUCAGUGGCGUCUGUGUGCUCCUGAACUUGGCUGAACUCAAUCAUCUUGGGUGGAAGAAGAUCAAAGUAGCUGUCAAAGGCGUGCAGGCGAGGAGGAAGUCCAUCUAUGAGAUCCGUAACAAAGACUUGCCUAGAAUGAGCAUGCCAAAUUUCGGCCGCACUCAAUCAAGUGACUCUGCCUAUGUGUAGCUGUCGAUUUCAAUACAACUGAAUGGAACAAUUGUAGCCUACAAAGAAUUCACAUAUAUUUAAUAAUAAUGUGGUAGAUAUUUUAUCUCACCGACUUCGUUUGCGAAGUAGGUCGGGUAUAUCGAUUUUAUUUGUAUUUUAUGGAUAAGUAAAAAACAAACGGACCAAAACGUUUGUUUGUCAUAUAUAUAUACACACAUACCAGAAGGCACUGAUGCAACUUUUUAGUAUGGUUUAUCCUAUAUUUUGUAAAGUGCUUCUUAAAAGCAUUAAUUUGUGUUCACAUAUUCACUCUGUCGUUCACUUUAGCAGUUGAACACAGAGCAAAUAUCAAAUCAUCAAAUCAAAUUUAUUUAUAUAGCCCUUCGUACAUCAGCUGAUAUCUCAAAGUGCUGUACAGAAACCCAGCCUAAAACCCCAAACAGCAAGCAAUGCACGUGUAGAAGCACGGUGGCUAGGAAAAACUCCCUAGAAAGGCCAAAACCUAGGAAGAAACCUAGAGAGGAACCAGGCUAUGUGGGGUGGCCAGUCCUCUUCUGGCUGUGCCGGGUGGAGAUUAUAACAGAACAUGGCCAAGAUGUUCAAAUGUUCAUAAAUGACCAGCAUGGUCCAAUAAUAAUAAGGCAGAACAGUUGAAACUGGAGCAGCAGCAUGGCCAGGUGGACUGGGGACAGCAAGGAGUCAUCAUGUCAGGUAGUCCUGAGUCAUGGUCCUAGGGCUCAGGUCCUCCGAGAGAGAGAAAGGAAGAGAGAAAGAGAAUUAGAGAGAGCACACUUAAAUUCACACAGGACACCGAAUAGGACAGGAGAAGUACUCCAGAUAUAACAAACUGACCCUAGCCCCCCGACACAUAAACUACUGCAGCAUAAAUACUGGAGGCUGAGACAAUACUUGUACUAAAUAUGAAUAAUGAGGCAAAAUAUAUCCGAUUUGUGCUAUGACGUCUUUUAAUGACAUUCUGCCAGUUUUAAACUCCACAUAUCCUUAUAGGCACGAAACAUACACAUUAUUUGGCAGUUUUAGGGUCAAUAUUCCUCAAAAUGUACACAAAUGCAUAUUCAUUCUUCUAGUAGGAUAGAUCACUCCUUUCACAUAUUUGUCAGAUAGAUCUAUGACAUUAGCACUAUAAGUUGUUUUGGUUGCCUGAGUUUGCACCAUUGACCUUAACCUAUGUGAUCACUCCAUUGGGGAAAGGGGGGGAAAGGGGGGGUGCUGCAAAUGCUGACAAUUUUCUUGACUUUUUAUUUACACCCAAGCGCCCAUUCCUUUUAUUUAUGGGGAAAUGGAUUUUCUUGAUUUUCAUGUCAUCAAGUGCCAUAUUUGUACAUAAAUAUAAACAUGACCAUCUAUAAAGUAUUCUCUUCAUUGUCAAAGCUUUAAUUCCAGUAAAGGCUGUUGUCAUCUUUGAUUUGAAUCACUGUGGUUUCUAUGUAAAUGGUAUGCUACUAUAUUAUUAUCUCUGGUUUCAUUUGCAACAUACAAAAAUAAACAACCUUUGCAUAUUCAAAAA